CGCCGCCCCCCUCCUCGCACAGGCUCGGCGGGCCCUGGGCCUGGAUGGGGGUCUGCGGGGAAGCUGAGCGGAGGUCAGGGCUAGAGUGUGCGUGCGUGUGUUUUUGCCGGGGGAGGGGAUGUAGUAUCUGGCUUGGGGGGCCCGGGGUCUGACCAGGGCAGGGAUCCUGGCAAGAAGGUGAGGCCGUCCAGUCACUGUGGGGGACAUCUUUCAGGAUCGUCAACCCGUCUUGGGACAAGGCCUUCUGCAGGAAGUCGGAGAGUCCCCGAGAAGGCAGGGCAGCUGGGCUCCAGGGCUGAGGGCCUCCCAGGGCAGCGGGUGCCACCAAGAUGUCACUCCACACCACGCGGGUGACUGCGCUCCUCUCUUGGGUGAACAGCCUGCAGGUGGCCGACCCCGUCGAGGCCGUGCCGCAGCUCCAGGACUGCGAUGUCUUCCUCAAGAUCAUCAACUGCAUCCACAGCACCGAGGAGGGGCAGCAGAUCGCGCAGCAGCCCGUGCCCGAGCGACUCCACUUUGUCUGCAGUUUUCUACAGAAGCACUGCAAAAAGCGGUCUUCGGGCGAGAGUCUGCUUUCUGUCCAGAAGCUGGUGGAAGGGGAAGAGCUGGAACUGGCCAAGGUAACCGUGCUGCUUCUGUAUCACUCCACCAUGAGCUCCAAAAGUCCCAGAGACUGGAACCAGUUAGAAUACAAAGUCCAGGUGGAGUUGGCUGCCGUGCUCAAGUGCGUAUUGGACAGUGAGGAUGGACUCAGCCUGAGUGAGAACCUCGAGAAGUUCCUCCAGAAAGCCCCGCUCCCUUCCUGCAGUGAGGAACUCUCCCCGGCGCCCGACGUCAGGGGCAAGCGAGAGGUCCGAUUCCUGGAGCUGCAGAAGAUCGCCUCCUCCUCUGACGUCAGCAGCUUCCUCGCAGGGUCUCCCGCCUCCCCGAUGGGUGACAUUCUGCAGACCCCCCAGUUCCAGAUGAGGCGGCUGAAGAAGCAGCUGGCGGACGAGAGGGAGAACCGGGACGAGUUGGAGGUGGAGCUGGUCGAAAACCGCAAGCUGCUUGCCGAGAAGGAGACCCAGAUCACCGUCAUGCAGCAGCGUAUCGAGCGCCUCACCCUGCUGAACGAGAAGCAGGCCGCCGACUCGCCGGAGCCCAAGGAGCUGGAGGAGCUGCGCGGCAAGAACGAGAGUCUGAUCCUGCGGCUGCACGAGGCCCUGAAGCAGUGCCAGGACCUGAAGGCCGAGAAGGGCCAGAUGGACCGCAAGAUCGACCAGCUGUCCGAGGAGAACGGCGACCUGUCGUUCAAGCUGCGGGACUUCGCCAGCCACCUGCUGCAGCUGCAGGGGGCCCUGGACGAGCUGACGGCGGAGCACAGCCAGGCGACGCGGGAGUCGGGGGAGAAGCUGGCCCAGCUGGAGCGAGAGCUGAGCACCGCCUCGCAGGACAAGAAAUGCCUGGAAGAGAAGAACGAGAUCCUGCAGGGGAAGAUCUGUCAGCUGGAGGAGCAGCUGGCCCAGGCCGGGGAAGAGAGCCUGCCCCAGGCGAAGGGAGAGGUGCUGGGCGAUGCCUUACAGCUGGAAGCCCUGAAGCAGGAGGUGGCCUCCCUCACGGCCAAGUGCGCUGAGCUCCGGGCCACGGCUAGUCAGCUGGAGGCCGAGCGGAGCCAGCGGGAGGCGGAGCGGCAGGCGGAGCGGUGCCGCUUCGAGGAGGAGCGGCAGCGGCUGAACGGCCUCCUGGCCGACUUGCGGGCCUCGGCCUCCCAGCUGACCCAGGCCAAGGAGCAGCUGGAGCGGGAGGCUCGGGCUCAGGAGGCCCGGCUAAGCGCUCAGAUCAGCACGCUGACUGCCGAGAUGACCACCCUGCGCGGCUCCCUGGAGCAGCGGCACGGCUGCGAGCUGGCCACCCUGUCGCAGCAGGCGGAGGAGCAGCGGGCCCAGCUGGCCCAGAGCCUCCGCCAGGAGGAAGAGGCCGCCGGGGUCCUCCGCCAGCAGCUGGAGCAGCUGAGCGGAGGCCUGAGGCGGAAGGAGGAGCAGCUGGAGGAGGCCGCCCGGCAGCGGGAGGAGGCCGGCCGAGAAGCGGCCCGGCAGUUGGCGGCCCGCGCCGGGGAGGCGGAGGAGGCCCGGCGGGAGAGAGACGAGGCCCGGGCUCGGCUGGGGGAGAAGGAGGCCGAGCUGGGGGCCCUCAGGCAGCAGCUCCAGCGGGCGGAGGCCGCCGGCGACGGAGCUCAGCGGGAGCAGGGGCGGCUGCGGCAGAAGGUGGAGGAGCUCGACGCCCAAGUGGCCCAGCUGGAAGCCCGGCAGGAGCAGCAGGAGGCCGGGGCCCGGGCGGCCGAGGAGCGGCACGAGGCCGGGGCCCGGGAGGCCGAGGAGGUGCGGGGCCGGCUGCGGGACGCGGAGGCCCGGCUGCAGGCCGAGCGGCAGAAGCUGGCCGAGCAGGAGGGGCUGGCCCGGGAGAAGGCCCGGCUCCAGGACCGGGCGCAGGGCCUGCAGGAGGCCGUGGAGAGCGCGCGCGCCCUCCUGGAGGAGGAGCGGCGGCGGGCGGCGGCGGAGCGGGAGGAGCAGGGGCGGCGUGUGGCGGAGCUGGAGGCGGAGGCCCGGGCCCUGCAGGAGCAGCGGGAGCGGGACCGCCGGGACCUGGACGAGGAGAAGGCCGGGCGGCUGAGGCUGGAGGCCCGGGUGCAGCAGCUGGGCGAGGAGCACCGGGCGGCGGGUGAGGCCCGGCGGAGGGAGCAGGAGGAGGCGCUGGCCACCCAGCGCCGCCGGGAGGAAGGGGAGCGGGAGCGGCUGGCGGAGGAGGCGGCCUCGUGGCGCCGGCAGUGCGAGGAGGGGCGGGAGGCGCUGCGGGCCCUGCGCGAGGAGACCCGUCGGGAGCUGCGGGCCGCCCAGGAGCAGGUGGCGGAGCUGGACGGCCGCGACACGGGGCGGCGGGAAGAAGCCGACGGGCUCCGGGCCGACCUGGCCGGGGCCCGGCGCCGGGCCCAGGAGGAGGAGGCCCGGGCGCAGCAGCUGAGCCGGGAGCUGGCGGAGCUGCGGGGGACCGCGGGCCAGGCCGAGGAGGCGCGGGAGCGGGCCAGCCGGGAGCUGGCGGAGGAGCGGCGGCGGGCCGCGCAGCUGGAGGACGCCGUGGGGCGGCUGGAGGAGCGGCGGGAGCGGGAGCUCAGCGGCCGCGGGGCCCUCAAGGCCCAGGAGGAGGAGGCCGAGCGGCUGGCGGGCGAGCUGGAGCGGGCUCGGGCCGCCGCGGAGGAGGGCCGCCGGCAGCAGCGAGAGGAGCUGGCGCGGCGCGAGCAGGAGGCGGCGGAGGAGCGCGGCCGGGCCCGGGACGAGCUGGCGGCCGAGAAGGCGGCCAGGGCCGAGCUGGAGGCGCGGCUGCAGGAGGCCCGGGAGCGGCAGCGGUCGGAGCCGGCGGCCCCGCGGGAGGCCCCGGCCGCCGGCCCGGCGCAGUCCGGCGGCCCGGAGCGGGAGCCGCCGGAGCCGCCGGGCCCGGAGGAGGCGGGAAGCCCGCGGCGGCCGGCCGAGGGGCCCACGGAGCAGGGAGCCGGCUCCCCGGCGGAGGCGGACGGCGGGGAGCGGCGGCAGCGGCGGCGGCAGGGAGCCGGCUCGGCCGCCGCGGGGGAGGCGGAGGAGGAGGCGCGGCGGCCGCAGCGGCAGCGGCGCCCCGUGGGCAGCCUGGAGCGGGAGGUGCGGGCCUUGCAGCGGCAGGUGGAGGACAAGGAGGGGGAGAGCCGGGAGCUGCGGCGGCUGGCGGCGGCCGAGGCCGAGAAGGGCCGGGAGCUGGAGGAGCGGGUGCGGCGGCUGCAGGCGGAGGCGGGCGAGGCCCGGGCGCUGAGGGAAGAGGCGGAGCGGCAGCGGGCGGCGGCCGCGGGCCUGAGCGGGGAGCUGGCGGCCCGGCGCGAGGAGCUGGGCCAGAAGGAGCAGGCCCUGGCCGGCCUGCGGCUGGAGCUGAGCGGCGCCCAGGCCCUGGUCGGGGAGCUCCUGCCCGUCAGCCGCCUGUACCAGCAGCUGCAGGCCGAGCGGGAGGGCCUGGAGAGCCGUCACCGCGGGGAGCUGGAGCGGUGCCAGCAGGCGGCCUUCGGGCUCCGGGAGGAGCUGGCCCAGGCCCGGCAGGAGCUCGGGGAGCUGCGGCCCCUGCCGCAGAAGCUGGCCGAGCAGGAGCGGGCGGCGGAGCGGUCGCGGGCCGAGGGCGCCCGCUCGGCCGAGCAGCUGGAGGCCCUGCGGCGGGCCCACGGCCAGCUGGCCGAAGAGCUGCGGGGCUUCGGGGAGCGGGCCGCCCUGGGCCGGCAGGGGCUGGAGGCCGAGCUGGCCCGGGCCCGGGAGCACCACGCCCGCGAGCUGGCGGAGGCGGAGGCGCGGGCGGCCGGCAGUCGGAGCGAGGCCCAGGAGGCGGCCGGGCGGCUCGAGGCCUUGAUGGCCCAGUACGAGGGCGCCAAGGGCCAGGCCCUGAAGGAGAGGCAGCACUUCCAGGAGGAGCGGCAGAGGCUCACCGCUCAGGUGAAGCAGCUAGAGUUAUUUCAGAGGGAGCAGAGCAAGCAGGUGGAAGAGCUGAGUCAGAAGCUGGAGCAGCGGGACCGGGCCAGCCAGGCCCAGCAGCAGAAGCUGAGGCUGCAUGAAGGUGAGAUUGAAAGAAGCCAGGCUCAGCUGAGUGAGCCUGCAGGCCAGCUGAGUCAGAAGGAGCAGGCGGCCGAACACUACAAACUGCAGAUGGAGAGAGCCAAAACCCACUAUGACGCCAAGAAGCAGCAGAACCAGGAGUUGCAGGAGAAGCUACAGGGGCUGGAGCGGCUGCAACAGCAGAACCAGGAGUUGCAGGAGAAGCUGCAGGGGCUGGAGCGGCUGCAGCAGGAGAAGCAGGCGCUGCAGGCCAAGGCGGAACAGCUGGACCAAGAGCUGCAGCAGGCCCGGCUGCAGGGCAAGGAGGCCGAGCAGAAUCGCCUCCACCUGAACGCCCAGGUGCGCUCCUUGGAGGCACAGCUGGCUUCGGCGGACCAGCCUCGAGAUCUGGGCAAGUCGUACGUGGCCUCGGACGCGCUGAAGAGCCGGAAGCCGGCGCGGCCGCCGCUGGACCUGAGCACCGACAGCCUGGACCUGAGCGCCGACGAGGGGACCCCGGUCCGCGGUUCCAGGUCAGUGGGGCCCCUCCCCUCCCCUCCCCCCCCCGGACUUCACAUUACCGCCCCGGGGCGCCCCGCCUCCCCGGUGUCGCAGCGCCUGCCCCACAAGGUGGAGUCCCUGGAGAGCCUCUACUUCACCCCCCCUCCCCCGCCCGGGGCCAGCACCGCGCUGGACCGCAGCGACCUGUCGCGCGACUCCGGCCGCCAGACCCGCUCGUCCCCGUCGCCGACCACGCAGGUCAUCAACAUCACCAUGACCAAUCGCUGCCCGGCUGGGAUCCCCGGGGUGACGACGGCGGCGGCGCGCGGCGGCAAUACGGCCCUGCUGGGCCUGCCGGGCUACCGCCCCGCCACCCGCAGCUCCGCCCGCAGCUCGGGGGCCGGGCCCUCCACCCGCGCCUCGCUCGGUCGCAGCAGCUUCUACCUGGGCACGUGCCAGGACGAGCCGGAACCGUCGGACGACUGGAGCCGUAUCGCCCAGCUGCAGCAGCGCAACCGCAUCUGUCCGCCCCACCUGAAGACUUCCUACCCCCUGGAGUCCAGGGUGACCCCCCUCGGCCUGAGCACCAUAACGGACGAAGACAUGAAGACGGGCGACCCCCAGGAGACCCUGCGCCGGGCGAGCAUACAGCCGGCCCAGAUGGCCGAGACCACGGCCGCCCACCGCCUCGCCACCCGCCAGCUGCGCAAGCGCGUCUCGGGAGAAUCGCACCAGGGGCCCGGCACCCCCGAGUCCAAGAAGUCAGCCGGCUGCUUCUCGCGCCCCCUGACCCCCCGGACCCGGCAGGAGGGGCGCCGGCCCGGCCUCGGCGCUGACAGCGAAGAGUCGGCGACCGCCGGCAAGCGGCGGCGCCAGUCGAUGGCUUACAGCAUCUUCAACACCCCCAAGAAGCUGGGGAGCAGCCUGCUGCGGCGGGGCGCGGCCAAGAAGGCCCCCAAGGACUCGCCCCAGCCCCGCAGCGGCACCCGACGCUCCCCCCGGGGCACCGGGGCCAAGGCCGACUCCAAGCACUAGGACCGGGACGCCGGAGUGCCUGUUCCCCGGAGUCCUCCCCCAUCCCCUCCUCCCCCGCCUCCCCCCCUUUGCCGGGAUGAGGUCGGGGGGCUAGACCGAAGGUGGGCCCGGGGCCCCCCGCCGCCCCCGUUUCGAUCCCAAGGAUCCGCCGCCUCCCCGAGGUCGCCCGCCCCGGCCCGCUCGGGGCUCUCCUCCGGGCCGUCGGGCCUGCGGGCCGAUGCCUUUUCUAAAUGUUAUUACGUGUAAAUAAAGUCUAUUUUUCCUCGGA